AUGGCUGAUGAGGAUGUGCGAAAGUGUGUGCUCAAUGAAUUAAAUCAAGCAACGAAAACAGAAAAUGCUAAAACCAAAUAUGAGGAUAGUGUGAAACAAAACGCACCAUCUAAUGUACAAAAAGAUUUGCACGAUAACAAGGUCUGGGAAGAAACAAAAUCUCAUGCGCUGGCUCAUGCAACAAACGAAGCAGCUGCAACAGCUAAUGCUGCGAAGGCCCAAACGCAAAAUACAUGUAAAUAUUCGAAGAAACAGUAA